AUGGCCAUCGAUAACGUUUGUGCAGCGCUCCCUGACCUGGAAGACAAGGUCUGCCAAACUGUGGAAAAGAAAGAGCUUGACUGGGCAGCUGUCAGUGAGGUGUUCUACAGGGAGCAUUUUGGCAGCUUUGCAGACAUCCUUCUGUCAGUGGUGGCAGCGGAGUGGCUGAGCAGCUUCUCGCUGGAAGAUAAGGUGCAGCUAUUCCACGCCUUUUUCGCUGGCGCACCUGCAGCUAUCCUGCUCCCCACUCUAGUCACUCACCUGUCCAGCGUGGCGCCGCUGCGGGAGGCGCUCAGCGCAUCAGAGGCCUCAGUCUAUGUGACGGCCGUCGCCGCCGACACAGCAGCUGCAAUCCUUGCCGAGCGCUUUGCGCUGUCGGGCAGCACUGGAAUCCAGGCAUACCAUCUUGUGGUCCAGGAGUUGGCAGGUUCAUCUGGGGUGAGCAGUGAUGGAGCAAAUGGGGGAAGUCUUGGAGGGGACUCCACAGCCUAUCUGGCCUCGCUGCUGGCCUCUGUGCCUGAGCGAGCCGCCAGCACACAGCUCCCUGCGCUCCGGCCUUCUGCCUACAUUCCACAGGUUGUGGAGCACUGCCUCAGGGCGAUCAGUAGUAAGCAGGCAUCGAGUCAGGCAAAGCCACCGGCGCAGCAAGAAACAGCUGAAGCAAACAGCACAGGAGAUACGCUUGUCUCCAAAUCAGCCAUGUUUGUGGGUGAGGUGCUGGCUCGCCUCAGCAGACGGGGCCAUGCACAGCUUGUAGCAGCCGCACUGUGGUCGACAAUACUUCCCAAGUCGGCAUCUUCACAGAACGGCCAUGCGCCUGCGAGAGAUGCGGUGGAUGACAUCAGUAAUGAGUCAUCUGCUGACAGCGCUGACGCGUCAGCGAGGCUCCGCAGCCAUGCAGCGGCGUCCACAUCCCGGGCACCUGCUGCGCCAAGUCUGGCACCAGCCAAAAGCAGCCACAGCAGGGACGCGGCAGCUUUGGAGAAGCUGCUGGAGGCGCUGCUGCGGGAAGCUGCCAGGAUAUUGGAAGCUGGUGACCUGAGAGAAGCUGACCUGGCGCAGUCUGCCCACACCCUCAAGGCUGUGUUGAAUGGACCACUCCUUGCCCGCUCAGAAGUCAGAUAUUUUCUGGAGGACAAGGCGCUGAUGCGGCGGACUCUGCCGCCCGGCCAGAUGCGCCUGCUGGUUCGCCUGCUGGACUCCCUGGGAGCGCCAGAUCAGGCAUCCUCGCCAGAUGCUCCCCUGCCUGUGCUGCAGCAUGUCGCUGUCAGGCUCGCUCAGGCAUGGGGCCAGUUGGAGACAACUCAGCGGCUGCCGGUGAGACAGCAGGCGUACAUGAGUGCGGCGCUUGUGGAGAUUAUCGCCUGCCUGGGCAGGGCGGAGCUGGAGGGAACGCCAGGACUGUUUGCCGCUCUUCUCAGCGGCGUCAGCACUCGCCUUAACAGCCCCCAAGUUCCCAUCAGGCGGCAGGGCAUGAGGGUGGGGCAGGCUUUCUCCAAGGUGCUGGACCCCUCAAAGGACCCCCUCUUCUCAGAUCUGGGGGACGUGGGCCUAUUGCCAGAAGAGGCAUGGCACCGAGACUGCCUGCCGUCUGCAGUGAACCAACAAGGGCCUUCAAAAUCAGCAGCAGCCAUCGCAGCCGAGCCUGCUGACAAUGCAAGGGGAAGUAGCGUGCAAACACCAGGGGACAUUGGCGAUGCAGCUAGCGAUGGUUCCUUGGAGCCCUAUGACCUGUCAGAAGAGGAUGACGACGGGUUGAGCGAGGGAGAUAACCCGCUGCAGCUGCGCGAUGUGGCGGCGUUGCUGCGCAAGGGAGAUGACCCGAACGCCGUGCUCAAGGGGCUCGCAGCAUUGGGGCCGCUGGUGGACGCCGCUCCCCAUGAGUUGGACAGCCACGCCGGCGAGCUGGCGCGCGCUCUGUUGCACGCGCGGCCGCCGGAGUGGGCCGACGAGGAGGCGGCCGCGGCGGGCCGGCCAGAUACCGGCCCGGCGGCGCGGCGGCUGGCCGGCAUGGCAUCUCUCGCGGCCGCCGCGCCGCGCGCCGGCGGCUUGGCACUUGCAGCCGAGGUGUACUCGCCGCAUGUGGAUCUGCACCAGCGGCUGACGCUGCUGGAAGCGCUGGCCGCAGCUGCGCGGCAGCUGGCGUCCGGUGGGCCGCAGGCACUUCCAGCGCCCGACGCCAGCGGUGGCAUCGUGGCGGCAGAGGCCGAUACGAGGCAGGUGGGUAAGUCGCGCGUAUGGGGCAUGCGCAGCCUGGCCAAGCAGAAGGAGGCAGCCCCCAGGACGCACCGCAACAGGUUUGUGGAUGUGGCGGCUGAGUGGAGUGCUGCGCUGCUGAGCGCUGCCGAUCAGGAGCGCCACGGAGUGGAUCUGUUCGGCCGAGACGCUCUACUGCUCGGCCGCGUCAUUGUCUGUCAGGGCACGUUUGUGGAGUGUGCGGCGCCGGCCGGGGUGACGCUGCGGCUGGCGGCUGCUCUGCUGGAGCUGCUGGCGGCCCCCGAGGUGCACGCGCAUGCAGAGCCCUACGUGCGCAGAUCCGCCCUCAUCGCCGUCUCACAGGUGAUGGGCGCGAUGCCGGCGGCUGGGCUGGCGGGUCUGCUGAGCGGGGGGUCCGUGGCGGAGGGAACGCUGGUGGAAAGGCUGGAGUGGGUGCGCGCCUGGACGGAAGCUGCCGCCGCAGCCGACCCGGACCCGCAGUGCCGCGCGCUUGCCAAUGCAUGCCGCGGCCUCCAGGCCAAGCUGGCUCAGGAGGCGAUGCAAGCUCUGGAGCUGGGGGCGGAUGGGGGCAUGCGCCAAGCGCUGCAUCAGGCUCCUGAAAUAAUCAUACCCCCAUCCUCAUCAGUCCACUACCUUGCCUGA